AUGUUUUUUAAUUUUGGUUACUAUCUUUUUGAUCAAGCUAUUCCUAAAAAUGGAGUUACAUCAUUUGCAUUCAAAAUCAUUUAAUUAAGUAAUUAUUGUUAUAUUGGUAUUGGAAUGAGAGAAAUAAUCUAAAAAAUAAUAAUGGUGGAAAUAAUGGUAUUGGCUAUGAGUAUUAAGUUAUUUUAUGCUAUUAGAUCCUAUACAAUAAAUUAAGAUAAAAGUUGUUAUUCACACUAUGAAAAAGAUAAAAAUGGUAAAUAAAUAUCAUUUGAUUUCACAAUUUAUGAUAUCGUAAUUGAAGAAGUUGACAUUUAUAACAGAUAUGUAAAAUGGACCAAAGCCAACACAAAACAAUUAUUCGUAAUUAUUCUAAUUCUAUUCCAUAAUAGAAUCUUUAAAUAGAUACAACUUAUGAUUUAUACCCAUGUGUAUGGGUGUGUUAAGGUUUUAGAAAUGGUAAUAAAGUAUAAAUAUUAGAAUAAUUUUAAUGAUAUUAUUAUCAGUAUUUUCUAAACAGGAUAUACAAUAAUAAAAAUUUUACUCUUGAUAGAUGAGAAUUAUAGCAAUUAAAAAUUAAAUAACUUUAAUGUUAUAAAAUUAUCAAAUCUAACACUCUGGAGAGAUAUCAACUACUUAACUAAAUUUCAACCUUUAACCUUAUUUAUAUGA